AUGAUCAAGGAAGCCAUGCGGCUGCGUUCCAAUUGUGAGCGAGAGGAGAAUCACUUUCAUCAGUUCCUAAUGGAACGCGAGAAGAUUAAUUACUUCUGGAUAGUGGAGAAGAAGACACUGACAGAGAAGCAGGCAGACCUCCGCAACAAGCAGCGAGAGCUGCAAGACUUGGAAGAAAGGCAACAAAUUGAGCUGAAAAUGUUUCAACAGCGGUUGAAGCACUUGAGAUACCAUCAACAAGAUGAGGUGGUUGAGCUCAAGACUGAUGCCGAGUUGGGCCUGAAGCUGCAAGAAGAUCACCAUCGAAUAACAGAGGCAGAGAUCAAGAAGGAUCAGCGAGCCCUGAAGAUGGAAAAAAAGGAAGCGGAAGUGGCCCAGCAGGAUUUUACUCGCAUGCUGAAGUUGGAGCAGGAUCAGAAGAUUCUUGAGCUUCGGCACGAGUUUGAUCGAAAGGCUCGAGACAUGCAGCAGAAGUAUGAAUUGAGAAUGAAAGAAAUCCGAGAUGAAAUGGAAAAGCAGCGAAGAAAGCAGAUUCAGCAGAUAGAGGAGUCGAAGAAUUCUCAGAUUGACCAGGUAAUGAAGAAGAACCAGCAGGACUUCACGGAGAUCAAGGUGUACUACCAAGAGAUCACCGUCUCCAACUUUGACUCCAUCAAGCGCCUAAAGGAGGACUAUGCCGAGAUCAAGAAGAAUGAGAAUGAUGAUGCAAAGAAAAUGUACGACUUGGAACAAAGAAACAAGCAAUUGAAAGAGCCAAUGAAAAAAGCGAAGCAGGAUGUAGAGCGGCUGGAGCAAGAGAAGGAAGCGUACAAAGAGGACAAAAAGAGAUUGGCGCAGGUGAAAGAAAAGAUCAAGCAGUCUGAAACGCUCCUAAAGCGAAUGGAGUUUCAACAUGAGGUGCUGCAGCAGCAAUUAGCACAUGUGACUGCUGAGAGAGAGGAUCUCUACACAAAGUUUCAGCAAGCCAUCUAUGAUGUUCAGCAACGAAGCGGGCUGAAGAAUUUGAUCCUCGAGAAGAAGAUCGAUACCGUCGAAGAGGCUUUGGAGACCACAGAGGCCCAGAUCACAGAAUUGCUGGCCUCUGCAAAUGUGGAUCCCACUACGUCCGCUGGCAUCACCCAGAAGCUGGACCAGGUGAUUGCCUACAAAGAUGACAUUGUCGGGCAGCUUCAGGAAGAAGUGCAGCGGAUCAAGGAUUCUCAUUCCACUAUGGUCAAGACAUAUGAGUCCAAGCUGGCGGAAUAUGGCAUUCCACCAGAGGAGCUUGGCUUUGUCCCGGCUGUCGGAUGA